AAAUCACCUAAUUUAAUCAAAAAACGAACAACAAAAUAUAACCCACCUAACAGUAUAUAUUUAUACUAUAGGUAGACAGUGAAUAUUAUACAUAUAUGUAUGUAUGCAUAUAUGCAUAUUCGCAUAACUGACGAUCAGCGCCUGUGGUCCCCCUUAAAUAUGUUUGUAUAUAACCGCUUGGCAUUUUUUCCAGCUGAGUCUAGCGGGCAGACCUAGCAGACCAGCUCACUAUAAAAGGUGGAAGCAACGAAUGCAUCGCCAUCAAAUUCACUUCAAGUGUCUUGAGAAGAACAAAAGCGACCAAUAAACUAUAUCUUGUAAAUUCCAUACGUUUAACUAAAUACUAAAAUACGAAUCAACAUGAACUUCAAUAAAGUCUUCAUCUUUUUGGCUGUGGUGAUUGCCAUUUUCGCCGGACAAACGGAGGCGGGUUGGCUGAAGAAGAUCGGCAAGAAAGUUGAACGUGUUGGUCAGCAUACCAGGGAUGCCGCCGUUCAAGGAAUUGCUGUGGCGCAACAGGCCGCCAAUGUCGCUGCUACUGCCCGCGGAUAAUUUUUAUUGCCAUAUAUUGCAAAUAUUUGAAUUACAGUUAUAAACUCAAAUUUUCCUAAAUAUGUCAUAGCAUUUACUUAAAAAACUAUUUAUUUAACAAAACAAUACGCAAACAUUAAAAUUAUUAAGAUGACGAACAAAUUUUGAAUAAAAUGAAAUUCCUAAAAUAA